AUGCAGAUACUUAGUAAUUUUAAAGUCAAUGAUGGAUCAGAUCCGCCAACUUCCCAGGCUGAAGCUCUUCGAAUUACCUAUUUCAUUAAAAAUCCAACAACUGAGAAGGAGGACCAGAAAGUAAAAAACUUUGAAGCCACUUUUGAGAGCCAAGUCUCAUCAUUAAGAGAUAGAUGGAAAUGCGCAUCGUUCUUUUACAAGAGUGGAAGAGCAACCGAUGAUGCUUUGCAACAUAUCUUGAAAGUAGAUAUAAUGGCGCUUUCUUUGUCAAUAUUAAUAGUUUUAUCCCUUUCACUUGUUAUCAUUUACAUUGUUUUCAGCAACUUGUGCUGUUUAACAACUGCUUUAUUCAUUUCCUCAACUGUCUUAGUACCCUAUAUAUGUACAGCAGGCAUUGUUUCCAUGGCCGGCCUUUCUUUACUCCCGACCACCAUUUUCAUUUCAUUUCUUCUGUUGGGAAAAUCAACAUCAGACGUUGCUCUCUUCUUGGGAGAGUGGAGACGACAGAACAUUGUACAUUCGCUUGAUUAUAGAGUCACCAGCUGCAUUGCAAGAGUGGGAACAGUCCAACUCUUUUCGGCGUUUUGUGCAACCAUUCUCCUGGGAAUUGCAAUCAAAUCUUCCUUUGAGGUUACAUCCGAAUUCUUUUUGGUGACAGUGAUAGCUUUUGCUCUUGCUUCGGUUGCGUCUUUCUUAAUCGCUCCCACUUUAACAAUUUCACUCGAAAAGCAGUUAAAAACCUUAAACACAUUUUGCAUGAGUCCCAGAACGAAAAUUAGCAGCUUCUUGCAAGGAAAGAGAGAGCGAGUACAUAAUGUCAUUUGGUACGUUACUAAGAACCUUCCUCGUCCGCUUACUUCAUUUGGUGGUAAAGUCAUCUCUUUCAUUCUCCUUGUCUGCUUCAUCAGUAUCUGUAUCUCCUCUGCUCUGCAAACAAGUCAAAGAACUUUUUCUACAGAAAACCUCUAUCAAGAAAAUGAUAAUUUCAUCAAGUUUAAUGAAGCGCAAAAGAAGUUUUUUGGAAAACAAACAGAUGUAAGUAUCGUGUUUUCCGGGAGGACUGAUUACUCGCAGAAGACUAUUCAAGAAGAAAUGCUUCAAAUCUGUGGAUCUCUUGGAAAGGCUUCUUUCAGUCAAGAGAGAACGGUGUGUUGGCUCUCUGCCUUGUUAAAGAAUAAAAGCAAGAGCUGCACAAAUUUAAAAUUUCGCACUUGCCUCCACAAAUUUCUCAAUCAAUCUCAAAAUCUACCUUUUCGACGAGAUGUGUUGGUUGACGAGAAAGAUGUCAAUUUUCCGAUUUCCGCAUCUCGGUAUCAUGUAAAGAUGGUAGUACAGAAAACCGUAAAUGAAAACAAAGGCAACCUAGAGAAACUAAGGGAGGACUUAAAAGUCUCCUUGAAGCCUAAACCAGUGUCGCAGACAUUGUUCAAGGUUGAAGACCUUUCAUCACUGGAAAGAGAAACUGUCCUCUUUCUUAUCAUUGCUACAGCUGUGGCCUUUGGGACCUGUUUUCUAUCCAGUUCAAGCCUAAGGAUCAGCAUUUUUUUGGCGCUUAUAUUUGAUUUACUCCUAUUGGAGGCAGCAGCCAUUAUGAAAAUUUGGUCAAUUCAGUUCAAUCACCUCGCCUUCAUUGCCUUAUAUUUGACAGUUGUCUUAGCACACAACUUUAGCGUUCAAAUAGCUCAUUCAUUUAUUUAUUCAGACAAACAAAUAGUAAGAGAACGCAUGAAUAAGGCGUUGGAAUCGGUUGGUUUGCCUGUGUUUAUGGCAGCCUUUCUCGAGAUCUCAGGUUCCGUUUCGUUGGGGCUUAUUUACCCAAGCCUGCAGGACAUCUUCUUUCGACUUAUUCCUGUCGUAUUUGCUUUGGGACUGAUCCAUGCUCUGGUAAUCUUGCCACCAACAGUCACAUUAUUUUUCGAGUUGAUGGACAGCUUUGACUUUCAAAAUAUGCUACCCAACCGAACGAACCAGAAAAGGAGGAAAAUGUCUAUUCAAAUUCGAUAUGGUGGUGCGCCACAGGCGACAUCUAGGCGCCCUCCAAUAUCCAUUGUCGGUAUCAGCUGCAGAUUUCCUGGAGCAAAUAGUAAAGAGAUGUUUUGGAAUUUACUUGUGCAGGGAAAGAGUUCAAUUCGAGACUUCCCCCAAAAUAGACAAGAGCAAUGUGAAACGCUUUUCCGACUUUACCAUCACAAGCGCUUUGUCACUGGACGUCACUGUGCUGUCAGGGGCUCUUAUUUGGAGGAUAUUCAAUAUUUUGACAACACAUUCUUCGGCAUAUCCAAACAAGAGGCUCGUGCAAUGGACCCCCAACAACGUAUUCUCUUAGAGGUGGUGUAUGAGGCCAUUGAAGACGCCGGAAUACGCCUUGAAGAUCUUCAGAGAUGUAAGACAGGGGUCUUUCUGGGUGUGAUGAACCUAGACUACGGUACUUUGAUAACAGAUCCAUCAAAUUACAACAAUAUCGACCAAUUUUCCUCAACAGGUAUAACAGCAUCCAUACUAGCAAACAGAGUAUCAUUUUGCCUCAACCUCACAGGUCCAAGUUUUGCGGUUGAUACCGCAUGCUCGUCUUCCUUAACAGCACUCAAACUUGCUUGUGAUAACCUUCAUAAUGGCGAUUGUGACAUAGCAAUAGUUUGUGCACCUAAUAUUGUCUUAAGCCAUGCAAUGCAAAUUAUUACUAGCAUGGCUGGCCUGCUAGCGCCUGAUGGGCGCUGCAAGAGUUUUGAUGCCUCUGGCGACGGUUAUGGAAGGGGAGAAGGCUUUGCAGCAAUUGUUCUUAAGCUCUCUGAUGCGGCUUUGAAUGAUAAGGAUGAUGAAUAUUGUUCAAUAAUUGCCUGCGGUAUGAACAAUGAUGGUCAAAAUGCGGUACCCAUGACAGCGCCAAGUUCUAAGACGCAAGCUGAACUAUGCAAAAUGGUUCUUGAACAAUCAGGUUUGAAUCCGGAGGAAGUGAGUUACUUUGAGGCCCAUGGCACAGGUACCGCGAUUGGUGACGUUAUAGAAGUCACUUCAAUAGCCGAUGUCUAUACAAGAGGAACCACACGACAGCUAAAAAUAGGAUCUGUCAAGUCAAACCUAAAUCAUACAGAAUCUACCUCAGGCCUGGCUGGGAUCAUAAAAGUCGCGUUAAUGAUAAAAAACAAGAAAUUAGUUCCAACUGUUAAUGUGCAUGUACUAAAUCCAAAAUUAAAGUUACAGCAAAAAGGAAUUGUCGUGCAACAAACAAGCGAACCCUGGAACACAGAAGCAGGAAAACCACUAACAGGUGCCGUAAACUCCUUCGGUUACGGUGGAUCAAACGUGCACGUUAUCCUUCGGGAAGCGACACAAAAGGCGACCGUCGAUGAUGAUCUUGAAAUAAGACGACGCCCAUGUCAUAUCCUCACCUUUUCUGCACGUUCUCAAGAAGCUCUCAAACGAAUGGCACGACUCUACUCUCAGUGGAUCGAAGAUGAAGCAAAAGAUAAUGCGACAUUUGUGGAGAACUUGUGCUACUCACUGAACGAACGUCGCAGUCAGUUUCCCCAUCGCUUAGCUCUUGCUUUCGAAGCUAUACCCGAGGCUUCCAAGAUUUUGACAGAGUACGCCAAUGACUCAGUAGGAAUGGAGAAAGUUGUUGCUUACGGAGAGGUGAACGCAGUUAACCCAAAAAUUGUCUUCUUAUUUGGAGGGCAAGGUUCCCAGUGGUAUGCUAUGGGAAGACAGCUAAUUGAAAUGGAACCUGUCUUCAAAGAUGCUUUUUUAACUGUCCACAAUUUGAUAAAAGAUCUGUGGAAAUCGAUAUCACUUUUAGAUGAGCUCAUGGCAUCAGAGGAGAAAUCAAGGAUCGCAGAAAAUUCCAUUGCUCAGCCGGCAACGUUUGCAAUACAGUAUGCAACUGCAAAACUUCUGAUGUCUUGGAGAAUCUAUCCCUCCGCUGUACUUGGUCAUAGUCUUGGAGAGAUUGCUGCAGCAUGCAUUGCUGGAAUCAUAACCCUAAAGGAAGCAGUUUACCUGGUGUUGACUCGCUCCUCUCUACAAGAUCAGUGUCCUAGUAAUGGUAGCAUGGCGGCCUUAGGUAUGUCCGAAGAAAGAGCAAGAGCACUAUUAGAUGAGUUGAAGCUAACUCCUACCCUUUGCAUUGCCGCAAUCAACGAUGCAGAGAGCGUGACAGUGUCUGGUGAUGUUGAAUCAGUUGAAGCUUUGGGUCAACACAUUGGAAUACACGAAAAAGACACUUUCUGGCGUGUUCUUGGAACAAAACGUGCAUUCCACAGCUCACACAUGGAAUUCAUUAAAAGGCCAUUUCAAGCAGCAAUGAAGCGUAUUUCGUUACAUCCCAAGCUGUCCAAGAUUCCAAUGUAUUCUACAGUUGAAGGAGGAGUCCUUUGUGGUCAAGAGUUUAACAACGAGUACUGGUGGCGUAACAUCCGCUGUCAAGUUCAGUUUUACUCAGCAAUGAAACACCUUCUCCAAGAUGGUUACAAACAGGUCAUUGAAAUUAGCACCCAGCCUAUCUUAGCACAUUAUGUUAAAAAGAUUGCUAUGCAAGAAAACUUUCAAGACCAAGCAAAGCCAAUCGUUUUGGAGACCCUUCCUCGUAAGAGAGUCGCUGUCAACAAGCAAUGCAAGUCUUUUCUUCUAAACACAGUAUGCAAACUGUACACACUUGGUUUUCCUAUAGAUUGGACUUGUGUGCAGACAAUUCCUUCGGCAAAGUUUGUUCGCUCGUUGACCUAUCCAUGGAUUAAGAACACUUUUUGGUACAGAGAACGUCCACCCCAAAACAUAAUUCAACCAGUUGAUGCCAAACCCUGGGAAGAAAAGAAAAGUCAUCCAUUUUUGGAAAAGGUGAAGCAAACCAGUCUUUACUCAGGCCUACACUGCUGGGAAACGGAAAUUGACCUCCAUCGCUUCCCUGAUCUCAAAGAUCACGCUCUUAUCCAAGGAACAACCGUCAUGCCAGGUGCUACGUAUCUUGAAAUGGCCUUUGCGAUGGCGAUGGAUCAAUUCGUGCACGUGGCUGGCCUGGAACUAUCUGAGGUAAAGCUGUCAAGCCUCCUCACCCUUCCAGAAACACAGGUAACUCCAAUGUAAUGUGUUUUUAAUGCCUUUUAUGAAAUAGAAUGAUCGUGCAUUUAAAGGAUAUUUACGAACGUACCUGAGCAAAAAAUACACGUUCAUAAAUCCUGAACUUCCUAAAUUGAAAACAUUCACUCUAUAUCUUUUUCUUUUGCAGGUUCGAUCGUUACGUCUGCGUCUCCAGAAGACUGAAAGGAUUAACGAGGCUGAGUACCACAUAACAAGUGUACAGGAUGACCAUUCCGAGAUCAUUCUAAGCAGUGGAAAAAUUUGCCUGGAUCUUCUUCAAACACAGAAGAAGGGUAAUCACAAAGGUACUAUUAAUAAAUUCGUUUAAUUUUCCUUACACUAAGUAAAUGCUGUAAAUGUUCCAUGAACGCUCGCAAAGAGCCAAAGAUUCCCACACUUGCUUAUAGCAGUAAGAAUAAACCUAUAUUGUAAUUCGUUCGUGUCAAAAUAUUUUUCAGUGGAUUAUUAUUCAAACUGCUAUUAGUCUUCCAUUAUUGUAAAUUACGUGUUAGUCUCCUAAGUUUUUGUUUUUCUUCAAACAGCCAAUAUAUCAAGCAUAACAGUAACUGCUAUUACGCAUUAACAAGAUGGGAACCCUUUAGUUUGUUUUUUUUUCUUUUCUUAGCAUCUACCGCGGCUGGUCCAGCAAUAAGUGAGCUUCUAAAAAAUAUGGAACGAAUGCCGAAUGAAGAGUUCCGAGGAGUAACAGAGAAGUUUGGAUUUAACUAUGGCCCUACCUUUUCCAUCAUCAAAGAGAUAUGGAAAGGCGACAACGAGGGGCUAUGCCUUAUAGACAUCGCGGAGGCACACACCAUCCAAGAAGAAACUGGUCGUUAUGUUGUUCAUCCGUCUAUUUUAGAUGCUUGUCUUCAAUCCUGCUUUGUUCCUCUGGGAAAUUCUUCGAUUGAUGAUAAGUCAAUUGUGCCAGUUGGUUUCAAACGUGUUGCACUGAAUGACUUACCAUUAACGAGCCAGUUAUUUUGCCACGUGACUGCCAAUGUUUCCGAGUUUGGGCGAUUUGAUGUGACGCUUAUGAAUCCAAGUGGCUACGUUUUGCUCACUAUGACUGAUUUCCGAGUUGCAGAGUUAACAAGCUCACCGCGUCAACUUCCUUUAGCUGAUCUUGCCUACGACGUCCAAUGGAGGGAAGCUGAGUUAACAAGGCAGGGAGAAAGAACCCACCCUCUGACCUUCAUAGUACUUAAAGACUCCUCUGAUUUGUCGAAUUAUUUGAUCUCAUCACUUCAAGCUCGGGAAGUCAAUGUCAUCGCCGUAAAUCCUCCAGAUGGUCACUGUUUUGACUCUGAAGUCCAAGACACAAUAAAAAUUGCCUUUGCUGAGUUUUCUGCGAUCAAUUCCCAUUCUUUGAGGGUUAUCAAUCUCUGGCCUGUGGAUACAUCACUUCUACCAGAGCAUUUUGAUGUCAUCGAACAAUCUCAACAACUCGCCUUCAGCAGCUCUGUCUUCCUACUGCAGCUGUUAAUAGAGAAGGAGCUCAUGGAUUCUAGGCUGUUUCUCGUCACCGAGUUUACACAGCUUUUGGAUGUCUGUGACAACUCUGGUAAAGGUAAAUUCAUUCCAUGGGGUUCUACAGUCUGGGGACUAAGACGAACAGCGAACCUUGAAGAAUUCAAUCUCAGGGUUACCACCGUCGACCUGAGUAACAAAGAAGAUAAACGGGAAAUUAACUCCUUAGUUGAUGAAGUUUUAGGUGACAGCGUGGAGGACGAGGUGGCCUUUCGAGAUAGAAGACGAUUUAUAAAUCGUCUUGUCAGGUCGGAAUUACAACAGGACACCUCAAAAAGAGUAAAAAGAAAAGAGAGGAAGAAAGAUGGACUUCUAUAUCUUUCAACAGUUCCUUCGUCAAAAUCGCAUUGCCUUCGCGAGAAAUGUUUUCCAAAGGCAACGCAGUCUGAAGUCAUUGUAGAAGUUUGCUAUUGUUGGACCCCCUCAGAAUCACUCUUUGAUGUGUCUGAACCAAAUGGAUGUGUCUUUGUGAGUGGAAAAGUCUCUGAUCUCCCUAUAAAUGGCGAGAGUACUUUGCAAAUUGGAGACAAUGUGUGUGGAGUCAUUCCCUCUGGCCGUGUCGCACGUUUUAUUCCAAUACACGUCAGUAGUGUGUUUUUGAAACCUCCCAACCUGACAAUGGAACAAGCCACUUACCUUCCAGCAUGCCUGGCGCUGGCAUUUCACGCUCUACAAAAAGCAGCGGCUGGCGCCGAAAAACAGAAACUUCUUAUAAAUGAAGCCAAUCGUGGUCCCGGACCAGCAGCAGUAUUUCUGGGAAAAACACUAGGCCACAGAGUGUACUGCACAAUCCCAGGCACUUGCAGUUCAUCCACGAAAAGGCUUCUUACUGAUUUGGGUGCAGAAAGUGUAAAGCGACAGAGUUCCCCAGCCUACAAUGAUGAUUCGAUCGACCAGUUUGACGCCGUUCUGUUCUUAAAUCCACAGGGUCCAAAUGCCCUUCUUAGGAGUGGUCUUAGUCUGAGAAGGGGAGGAAAAGUAGUUAUCUUGAGUACUGAGUUUGAAGGAGAUGUCAUCUUUCCUGCGAACAAGAAUUUCAAGUAUGAGAGAGAGAAUAUACUAGACGUUUUACGAUCGCCGAAAGCAUUCGAGGAGCUAACCAUGAAAAGUAUACAAAUUCUGGGAAAAAACGAAGUCUCACAACAGCUUUUCGAAAUGCCGGUUGAGUGUGUAGACUUUGUAGUAUCAAUCAAAGCUGCCAACGAGUCCACUGACAAACCCUCAUCUCUUAAAGAUAUUGAACCACAGUCCUUGGACAUUUCUUUUCUCAUACAAUCACUUGGAACAUUUGAAGAAGGGGGUCACCUUCAGGGCAUCCCAGUGCUACCCCAAGGCUUGGAUGGGUGUGGUUUGAAAGAAAACAAAUCCUAUCUGGUAGCAGGAGGAGUGAGAGGAUUUGGAUUUGAAGUCGCCCGAUGGAUGGCAGAAAACGGUACAAAGUCUAUCGUACUUCUCGGCCGCUCCAUGCCCUCCGAUUCCAAAAUUCAAGAGGUGCGUCAGAUUGAAAGGAGCACCGGUACAACGAUCCAUAUAGUUCAGGUAGGUAGAUUUCUCGCAACCUCACUAAGUCAUCAAACCUUUUUACUCACGAAAAACAACAUUUUAGAAAAAUAUUUCAGAAUAUGUCUACAAUUCAUAAGAAUUUUACAUACUUUGACUUUAGAAUGUUAAAAUUGCAAAUUAACUUUUGCUUUACAGUAGGACUUCUUUUAGUCUCAGCAACAUUAACGAUACUUUUUCACACAUAAAUAAUAACAUUUCGCCAUGAGUGAAAUGAUUGUUGCCACUGAUCACACAAGUGCAUGUAAGACAUUUUCUUAAUAAACAAUCGUAAAGAGUGAAAUUCUACCCCUCCACAACGGCGACGUUUUGCGUUUCUAUGGAUGUUCUUGUUUUAACGGCCACGUUCCGUCAGCGGCAGCUUAUCUAUUUCCCCAAAGUGGCUGAGCUGGAAGUUCCACUGCUUGACUUCAGUAAUCAACUCAUUUUAUUUUUUUCUCUUCCGAUGGUUUCUCCAGGUAGACGUAUCCAGCCAAACACAAAUGUUGGCUUUGAAAGAGCGCCUUCAGACCCUUCCAGAUGUCGCAGGCAUUGUACACACUGCUAUGGUUCUUAGAGACGAAUAUAUCAAAGACCUGACAUUUCAGCGUUUCAAUGAAGUUAUGGGUCCAAAAAUCAAAGGUAAAACGGCAAAUCAACCUAACUUCGCAGAUCCUUCCAGGCUUAUUGUUUUCAGCAGUUGUCGACGCCAGUGUUUUAGACGUCGGUAUGAGCUAACAGGUUUGAAAGCAGUUUUAAAGAAAAUAGAAACAGUGUUCUCUAUCAAAAACUUCGGAUGAUAGUAACGAAAACCAAUUUUUUUUUAUUCCAUUUUUAGGCUCUAUGUUGCUACACCAAAUGAGCUUAGAGAUGGAUCUGGAUUUCUUCGUGAUGUUUUCGUCCAUGGCGUCAAUCGUGGGUAACAUGGGACAAUCUUCAUACUCGGCUUGCAAUGCUUUCCAAGAUUCUCUCGCUCAGUACCGGAGACAUGUGCUUGGUCUUCCCGGACUUGCAAUAAACUGGGGACCAAUCAGUGGGGCUGGUGUAAUGGAAAGAGAAACUGGAAUCGCAAAACUGAUGACCCAAGCAGGAUUGGGUUUUGUAGAUGCAAGGGAAGGUGGGUUGAAACUUACUGUAAGCGUAUACGAUCGACGAAAAUACUAUGAGCGUUUUAAAUAGUACAGCAUUAAUUGAUGUCUUGUUACUAGGGCAAAACGUCAUUGGGAAAUGGCCUGACCGAUUGGUGUAGGCUUGCGGCUAACUGUUCUAUAAGAAGACAUAGUUUGGAAAAAGAUUAUACACAUGUAAAACUGUACGUGAAGGCAGACUUAAACAAAAAGAUAUGAUACCAGUGUUAAUAGGGUUGUUGGGCAUCACCUUUCAAAAAAUACGACAAAAGUAAUUUACAUAAAUGAAAUAAAUUGCAGCCUUACUUAAUGAAUGAUUUGUGUUCAAAGGUGUUAAGCACAUGGUGAAAGUGUUAACUGAAGACCCUGGUCGCUGUCAAAUCUCAAUGUUUGAUGCAGACUGGCCUCGAUUCUUGAAGAGCAAUACGGGGCUGAAGAAAACUCCGCGACUGUCCAUUUUAAUAUCAACAGUAAAUGCUCCUGACAACCAAACAAACUCAACGGAGUCUCUGGCCCAAAAAAUUGUUUUAGAGAAAGAUGGAGAAAAGAGGGCAGAGCUCAUAAACGAAUACAUUACUGCGACAAUGAGUGAAUGGACUGGAAAUCCCUCGCCAUCAGAGACUGAUCUCAACACAAGCUUGUAUAGCUAUGGAGUAGACUCCACCGCGGCGUUGACGCUAAAGAUGCAGCUUGAAAUGAAUCUGCAAGUUUCCUUUGAGGUAAGAAAUAAUUCCUUGAUUAUCACGUUGGUUAUUAGUUAUGACAUGUAGGUGAAUAUCGUCACAAGUCGGCCAGGUGCAUAGCUAUUUACCCUCGGCAGUGUUUAUAGCACUAAUGCUAGUGGGGUCGAGCAAAUGCCUCAAACAAACUAUGUAUACCAAACAUAAUAGGGUUAACAAUCCCAGCUGGAGAGAGGCAAACCAGAUGGCUAUUUACAAGCAUGGUCGAGUUAGCUGCCAGGGCGGGACUUGAACUCAGGGACUCUGCAUUACAAGUCCGGCGCUCUAACAGCGCGGCCACGCUACCUCUAAGGUCCAAACCAACGUUGCUUGGGACCUACUGCCAAGGAGUUUUUCCCUGUACAAAAAGUUCACAAAAGAGGCCUUCCGUUUCAGGUCUUCUACUUCAUGCAGCCAGACACAACUCCUCUUAAACUGGGAAGAGACAUAACUGCCAAGAUGACUGAACGAAGUCAGGGAAAUCCUCCAACCAAUGAUCAGCCUCAAAAUGAUAACAGACAAGAGGCUGAGCAGGCCCAAGUACAGACAACAGAUGACGUAUCGCCUAUAACUGGAUCGUCUGAAAUCAGAAUACAGGUUAUACCGCUGUACACUCCAGAGGGCUCAGCCAUAAAGUUUUUCUGUGUCCAUCCGUCGCAUCGUUACGCGAUGAGUUUGGUGCCGAUUGCGACAGGAUUUCAAGGACAGGUAAAUUCAGAUACUAAAGCAUAUUUUGCGGAGAUUUAUGAUGUCAUAAGUAUGUUAGCAGAGUGUUUAUUUAAUACGGCCUCUUUUUCGUUCGUUUUUUUUAGGACUUAGUUUCCUUCUACGCACUGGGUUACACAGACCCAGCAGCAGUAAGUGAGGACUGGGGUGGAGUUCGUGAACUUGCAGCACAUUACGUUCAGUUAAUAACCAAGGAACAGCGUCAUGGCCCCUACUUUUUGGGUGGAUAUUCAUACGGAGGACUACUCGCCUAUGAAAUGGCUUCCCUGAUGACAGAACAUAAUCAGAGGGUGGAGUUCGUGGCAAUGAUUGAUACAUUUCCCUGGGUCCUGCAGUCACGAACAGUCAGUAGCAGAUUACCUUCAAUGCAGGAACAUGAAAAUUCGCAGCGUCGGCAUGUCGAGGUUUGUCAUUAACUUGGUCUAAAAGGGGAGUCUAGUGUUAAGAAGUUGUCUCACAUUAAAAUGGUCUUUGUGGCAUUGACAGAAUAUAUCUUACAAUACUGACAAAUCAUGCGUUAUGGCUUGUUUGGAUAUCUUUAGAAAAACAAAAACACUUUUUUUGAGAGGUUAUUUCACACAAAAGAUACUGUUUAAUUUUCACCUCUCUUUUCAUCGUUUGAUAUGUGGUAUGAACCACUGUCUCCUCAUUUUUAGUAUGGUCUUCUGUUUGAUAUAUGCAUGACUUCUGACAAGAAAAAUAGUGAACUAAUGUUUCUGUUGGAUAUAUAGCGUGACAACAAAUUCUAACGGCCAAUUGUUAUCUUCUAGCUCCAAUUUGAAAAUUAUCUGAGAAAGCUGGCAAUAGACUCACUGAAAAUGACAUCCGAUGAAUACCAUAAGAUGAGAGAGCAGAACACUAAAGAAUGGAUCGUUGAUGAGCUAGAAAAACGGGGUCUUGAAAGGGGUUUAGCGAUCCACAAUUUGAGAACACUGAGAGAGUCUCUCUUGAAGGAUCAAAUGGUUGCCAGUAGGACACAUCUAGAGUGGCAGCCCGCAGAGGUAUGGGCUUCGUCUCCGUUUAUUAAUGUUCAGAUUUAGAAUUGUUUUAAACAAAGGUCACGUACCAACAUCAAAAAUCAACCUAUCUGUCACGAGGUUAGUAUUGGAGAGUUUUGCGAACUGUUACUAAAAAUAAUAUUCAUUUUAAAUAUUUUCUUGUUUUUUGAAUGCUUGGACGAAAAACAUCGUUGGCUAUCAUUUAUAACAAAAUUUAAGUUAAAUGAGUUCCAAAGAUUUGCCACGCCCAUAUAAUUUUUGUGAAAACAAAAAACUUUGCAAGGUUCAAGGCCUUUUAUGAAAGCAUUUUUUUAUCUCCCGUUUGUCAAUAGGUCCGUUACCGAGGUCCACUCGUGUUCCUCAGAUGCCAAGAUACCUGUUUCUCGCCCAGAUCAUCAGAUAGCGUCGAAGACAUUUGGGGCCAGUUGGUUGAUGGUGGGAUAAAUGUGCUCGUUUGUCCUGGAAAUCAUUAUUCCAUGAGUGAAUCGCCUAACGCUUAUGUUACUGGAAGUAUCUUAGCAACUGCUCUAUUAUUCAAAUACCGUUUGCUGUACCCAGAAUUCCCCAGACCCACGAGAACGUUCAGUCAGAGACGAGCCGUAGAAAAGCUUUCCAGUGGAGUAGUUGUAUUCCUCCACUCAAAGAAAGGUAGGUCUGGACUUCUACCCAAAAGGACCAACGUAAGGUAAAUUAAAAGGUUGAGUUGUCCAUUUGAACGCCAAGGAGUUGACGGAGGUUGUUGCAAAUUACUUUUUAUUAAUCUUUGCUUCAGCUGAAGAUACGAGAAUACUUUACAGUGUGUUUCACAUGGCUGCGUGAAAUCGAUGUAUGCGCCAGAGCUUAUUAAUAAAACUUAAUUUUACAAAUUUACAUAGUAAAAAAAAAAAAAUUCAGCAUUUUUGGAUGCUUUGCUCUUAUUUGCCUGCUACUCACGUUUUACUAAAAUCAAAAUGUGUUGUUCCUUGUGAUUCUUUAACAUAGACACCCUUGCUAUGAGGGCAGGAGCAACCAUAGCUACCUUUGGAGCAAGGCUGGCGCAGUGGUGAGAGCACUUGCCUCCCACCAGUGUGACCCGGGUUCGAAUCCCGGCAUCGACGCUAUAUGUGUACUGGGUUUGUUGCUGGUUCUCUCCCUUACUUCGAGAGGUUUUUCUUCGGGCACUCCGGUUUUCCCCUCUCCUUAAAAACCAACACUUUCUAAUCCUAAUUCGACCUGGAACGCGCGGACACGUUUCAAAGAGUUUUUGAGGACUCCUAAGUGUUCAGUUGUAAACAAAAAUAGUUUACAUUUACAUUUACAAUCAGGCCCAAGACCAUUGCUUUUUUUUUCCUCCGCUUUUCGAUUAUUUCAUUAAGAAGGUUUCAUUAAGUAUGCUGUAUUUCAUUUUCCAACUCCUUUCAUUGAAAUAUAGGACAUAAAAAGCCUCAUUUUGGAGAACUACAUUUCAAGGAGGACGUUCACAAACUUGAAUUAACUUCACAAGCCGAUGAAGGAGAGACACAUGAAAUGGAAAAAACAAAAAAGAUCAUUGACUUGAAAGGUAUGAACAUUAUACCCUUAUGGUUACAGUAAAACUCCGCGACUAAGAACCUGGACUUUAAGAACCUGUUACUAGUGUAAAAUUUGCCAGUUAAGCCCCCUCUAUAAUAAGAACUAGUUUAGCCUAAAUUUGAAACAGGUUCUUUUUUUCUAAAAUCUGUGAAAAAAUUCUGUACACUUUGGUAAAUAAGAUAAGUCAACAUUCAAAAUCCUCUUUCGAGACAUGGGUGCCUUAUCACUUCAACUGCAAUGCAAUGGUAUGCACGUUUUAUAAUGAGGAAUAAGCUGAACCACUAAAUACUCUUAUCUACAUUGUAUUUUUUUCUUUAGAAAAUUAAGAAGCUAAAUAGGCUAAACUUAUGUGCUAACUACCAUUUAUAUAAGAACCUGUUUAGACUAACUUGGAAAAAUCCAGGUUCUUAGUCGCAGGGUUUUACUGUACUUUAUUUUUAAGGACCUUUUAUUAUGGCCUUUUAGUGCCUGGGAUAAGGAAAACAAGUCCACUGUUAUUGAAAACGUUCAAAAGGUAACACACCAAAGGCCCAAAGAAGUACCGCACCAACCCCCCCCCCCCCCCCCCCCCCCCCAAAAAAAAAAAAAAAAAAAAAAAAAAAAAAAAAACAAAAAAAAAAAAAAAAAAACAAAUAAAAAAAAAAAAAAAAAAUACUUAAUUGAAAUGUAUUGAAGAGUAGUAAGGAUUUUGAAUGUAAAGAGAAAGGGGGGGUGGGCGGGGGGGGGGUGGGGGGGCGGAGGGGGGGGGGGGGGGGGGUGUGGGCUAUAAAAAUUUUUUUUUAAGUACUGCUUUUCAGUGGCCCACCCCCCGAGUUUUUUUUUAUUUGUUGUUUUAUGUAAAAGACUUUUUUUAGUGUCGCUUUGUUGAUGUGAGUAAAAAAAAACAAGCACAAUUUUUUAAAAACCGUAAAAAAGAAAACCCCCAAAGCCCAAAAAAAAAACCCACCCAACCCCCCCCCCCCCCUCCCAAAAAAAAAAUAAUAAUAAUAAUAAUAACCUAAAUAUUUAAUCUGGUGGAAUAAAACACUUUCUAAAAUUUGUUUGUUCUCUGCCUUAGUUUACUUCGUGCAUAAUCAGUCAAGGUCAAACAAGAAUCGCUUUACAAGUUGUGUGACUCCUCGUAAACAGACUUUAAGCUUAUGCUUACGGUUAACUCUUUACAAAGAAAGAUCCUUUUUCUUUCUUACAACAGAUCUCUGUAUGGUCCAACCAGGAAUGUUAGUCGCCAAUGCGAGGAGGUAUUCCGGCCGAAAGCGAAGAGUUGGAGCAUAUCACAGUGGAAACCUGAGGCAAAUCGCUUCUGUUAUUACAAGGAGACGUGUCUACAAUUUGGAAUUUACUGAUUAUUCGGAUUUAAAAUCAUUCUACAACAUGAUCGAGGCUGUUUUUGCAGUCCAGUUGUUAUCUCGCUAG